UCGGUCGCGUUCAGUCGGUUCUGUAUUUGUAGUACCCUUCUUUUAUCGUCAGUCAGUCUCAUCGCAGCAAUGUCCACAAAAUGCGGCGCGUCGCCUCCUACGUCUCCACGAAUUUCAUGUGAAUUGUGAACAUUGACUGAUGAAGAUCUUCUUUGAGCAUCGCCCUCGCAGUCGAUAAUUAAGAUUCGAAGCCCAUCUAGACUGUGCUGUUGUUAUCAAGUGCCGGCUAUUUAAGAGUAGAGCCAAGAACAAGUCAAGAGUGUUGAUCUGUGUGUGAUAUUUGCCAACAAAUAUUAGGCCUCUGGUGGUUAUCGCAGGUUACGAUAAGCCAUAUUUGAGGGGCAACUCUACAGCGUUCGUCAAUUUUGUCGGAUACAAAAAGCGUCGAAGGCUGGUGAAAAAGCAAAAUUCAUCAUUGUUCUACCAAGGCGGUUUCAAGUAUUAUUCAGAGAAAAAAAAAUUCAUUAAACCACCAACAUGACCGAAUCAAGUGAAUCGUCCGGUGAUGAUAAAAACGUGAACCGGUCAAAAGCUCAGCAGAAGAAGACUGCGGACAAGUAUUUAGCCAACUACCGCAAUCUGCUGGGACCGGGGACGAGCCACAUGACCGAUAUGACCAAACGGUACCAAGCGUCAUACCCCUUUCCAAAAGAUGGUCAAGUAAGCCCAGCCGAACUGAAACGGCUGGUCCUCGAAAGCGAACGAAUCCGCACCAUGGUAGCGAAAGAAGCCGAUGGAGAUGCGAAGAAGAAGGUGGCCCUGGAACAGGUGGUUCGAGAAAUUUUGGAUGAAAUUGGCUUGGACGAAAGUUUACCGACAAUUCGGACGCUGGGAACUAUUUUGAAUUAUAUCUUCGGGAGAAUCUUGAGUGGAUUGCACGUCAACGAAACACAGUUGAAACAGCUGAAAUCAAAAUUCGGCAAGCAAACCGUUCUUUAUCUGCCGAGCCAUAGAAGUUAUGGGGACUUCAUCCUGAUGUCUUAUGUAUCAUUCUGCUACAACAUAGCGAUCCCUGGGAUUGCUGCCGGUAUGGAUUUCCAUUCGAUGGCUUUUAUGGGAACGAUCCUACGCAAAACGGGCGCUUUCUACAUGCGACGAAGUUUCGGUAACGAUCAGAUGUAUUGGACCGUUUUCAAAGAAUACAUGCGUCAACUGAUAAAGGCGUACGAUAGGGGAGUAGAAUUCUUUGUCGAAGGAACUCGUAGUAGGAGUAACAAAGCCUUGACUCCCAAAAUUGGACUACUUUCGAUGGCUCUUGAACCGCUGUUUAUGGGAGAAAUACCGGAUGUGCUCGUCGUACCCGUUAGUAUAUCGUAUGACAGGCCUCUAGAGGAACUUUUAUUCGUUUACGAACUGUUGGGUGUUCCCAAACCGAAAGAAUCUACCAAAGGAUUAUUGAAAGCUAUGAGUAUACUGAAGGAGAAUUACGGUUCAAUCUACUUCGAAUUCGGUGACCCAAUCUCAGUUCGAGAGUAUUUAGGUAGUGAUUUGAACCGUAUUCAGCAUGCAGUCAACCCGACUCACAUUCAAACGCUUACAAAAUCUGAGCUAAGUCUUAUUCAAAAUCUGGCAUUCGACGUAGUUCAUUUACAGCAGCAAAAAAUAGUACUCACUACAUUCCAUCUGAUAUCUGUCUAUUACAAUUACAAGAAAUACCUAGGAAAGUCGAUAACCUUGGAUGAGUUGAUCGAUGGCCUCGCUUUGCUUCAUCAAAUAUUCAACGAUUUGGGAGCGGUAACGACCAUCGAAAGAACCGGGAAUUCCGGGACUGAUCGUGCCCUUAUCGAAAAAAGUGUCAACGAAGCCCUCACAGUGCACAGAAACAUUCUACAGUUGACAAACGAUAAUGUUCUUGUAAUUGCCAAAUCUCACCACGAUUUCAGUCAAGUCGACAAGCGGAAACUCAAAGGCCACAAUUUGUCGGACAUAGUUAUGAAACUGUCAGUGCCAAUCUUCACCCUGCAACUGUACUGCAACCCAUGCCUGCAUUGGCUAGCACAACCCGGCUUUCUGCUGUUGGUAGCCAAAGAAUUAUUCUUCCGAGUAGGUGCCAUUGCUAGGACGACCCUUAGACAAGCCGUCGCCGGUUUACGGUGUCUCUUUGCAAGUGAAUUUGUUUUCCACUCACGCCGGGAAGAACGAGAAUUCGAACAGGCCUUGAGACAUCUGACCAAGUUCGGUUUGCUAGACGAUCGAGGGGAUGUGAUCGAACUGAACCGGAACAGUGCCGGUAUGGAAAAUAUCUACCUAAGUACCGUGGGACCGUUUGUGUGCUGCUAUCUGCAGGUCACCUUCGUUUUGUUGGAUCAGCUUUCCUCAUCGUCUUUCAAAGAGAAAGAUUACCUGGCUCGAGUGCAGGAACACGUGGAGCUACUUCUGCUUCGCAAAGAUCGCAACGUACAUCCGUACUGCCUUUCCUUGGAUAGCAUCAGUCUGGCCCUUCAUUCCUUGGUGGCCCUCGGGGCCAUUAGCAAGCGAAAAGAGAAUGAUGUCACAAUUUUCACCGUGGAUCCAGUUAGAGUCCAGUCACUGAACCAACAGCUUCGCUCGUACUGUGGCCAGCUUCCAUUCGAUUUCCUCACAUUCCAGGGCGACGUGAUGGUCGAUUCAAAGUUGUAGAACUCGGCCAUCCCGGGAACUGCGACAGCAGCAUUCGCCGGUUUAAUGGAUAUACGCCCAUCGAUAACGACGCCCACUUCGACGGUCCGGAACGUCUUCCAGCUGGUGCGGCUGGUGUUGGCCAUCGUGACCCGGGUGACGUACGGUUUGCUACAGCUGACGCGCCUCGGCGGGGUCUGUGCGCUGGAAAAGUUGGCCUCCAUACGUUGGAAGUGAUCGUUUUUUUGUGCUGUGGAUACAGUUAAUGAAUAACAGAACACACAAAUUAAGACAUUCACGAAAUGUCCUAACAGUUUAUUGGCUAGUAUGAGCUCCAUGGGUUUAGAGAGGUGCCGUGAACAUACCGCUUUCCUCAUAUUCAUGAAUCUUUCAUUUGAAUCAACCACCGGUUAAAUGCUUGCUAUCUCGACGAGAAACUAAAAAUACAAAUCUGGAGCUAUUUCCGUUAAAAAACGUUAAUUUUGAUUUCAGAUUUAAAAGUUACAAUAGUAUCGUAAACUCGUUCAUUUUCGCAGAAACUUUUAGUAUAGAAUUAUUUCCAGCUAACAAGACUAACAUUAUAUCAUGGAUUGCAUGAUCAAUAUUUACUAGUCUGUGAUACAGUUUUACAUAAUAUGUAUUUAAUAAGCAAAUCUGGCUCAAAAUAACGUUUUAUUGAGGCGCUUGGAAUCAGAGGGUGAAAGUGUACAAAUGAUAGUUGGGAGAAAACGCGCAAAGGUGCUAGAUUUUUCUUAUUUUUUUAGAUUUCUAGCAGUUUUAAUACAUUCGAAAAGUGUUAAAAAAAAUUAUAACAAAUCCAAGUUUUGCACCAGAUGUAGUUAAAAACGUAAAGAAUUGUUAGGGAUGAAUCAUCCUUCGGGAUGAAAAUCCCCAAAACAAGAAAAAAAAAAAAAGUAAAGAAUUGUUUGGUAUACUUAUCUCAAAACUGAUGAUUUUGGCAGUUGCACCCCUCUGAUGCCGAGGGCCUCAAUUUAUCUUCUAAACAAGGAUAUUUCUGCCUGACGGUCAAACCAUUUAAAUUUUAUUUAUCCUAGGCAAGGUUUUUUACAAUCGGUAUGUUCACGAUGAAAGCAAGGUAAUUUAUGUACUAACCAAAUAUAGGGACCUCUAUUGAUUUAAGUUACUAGUCAAAAAGUGUUUGCGCAUGUGGAAUGAAUAAACGCCGGGCUGAGUGCAGUAAGUACAUAAAUGUUAACGAGUCUAUCUAAAUGAUAUGUGUAUUUUGGAUAAUGUGUAUCGAAUUGUGUUGAUUGUUUUUUAUUUUAGCUAAAACAAAAUUAUUCAACCAACAUGUAACCAACUGGUACUAACGCUGAAGAAUUAAUAAUAAAAGUGUCUCAUAAUAAAAUUAC